UCAACCGAAAAUCUGCUGCUCUAUCAUAUGAAGCUCUUUGUCCUAGCACUUGCCACCCCUGUUUUCUGCCAGCAACACGGGGUUUCAAUUGGAGCGCGCGUCACCGAUGGAUCGCUUGGAGUUUCAUCUCCAGACAUUAACAGCGGAUUUGGGAGUAUUGGGUCAGUGCUCGCUUCCGGCGGCGUGCCUGAAGGGUUCGUUCAGGGUUUAUCUGGCGAAUUUCAGCUCCAAGACGGCCUGGCUCCAUUCCCCGGGGCGCUGGGUGGUGAUACUAGAUUCGGCAAGAGAGCCGGCCUGAUUAUACCUGCGCAUGUUGAGAUUGGGUCUGAUGGCCAGCGGAUCCCCCAGUUCACCAACACGUUCUUUGCAACUCCCGAGCAUGUCGCCCAUCUUGGGGUCCAGCCUCCGUCGCUUGGCCUAGCUCCACCCCACCUGGCACGUCGAGCCAGAGUGUUCCGUUGAGGAUACCGGGUGGCUGAGAAUAGGUCCUCCUUCACACCUUUGUCGGAUUUGAAAGCAUGUCUGGUGAUGGCACUGUUAGGGUAGCCAUGGGGGAGGAUCCUAUACUGUGAAGUCGCUGGCUUUUAACUUGUGAUUUCCCAAAGAAUAAUACCCCUCCUUGCGCUAAAGCCGUAAAUUGAUCAGCAGCUGAGUACCAGAGAAUAGGCGACCCUUUCGGACACACCAGAAACACUUACCCUGAACGCAGCGAGCCAGGGGUUUUUUUUCCUUCAUAACAUUCAUUUCGCGUGUU